AUAUUUAUUUAUAGAAAAAUGAUCGAUGUUUGCUUCGACCAAACAUGAACGUAUAUAAGACCGAUCUUAUGACAAUUGAAUGCACUUGGAAAUUGUACUAAUUCUGAUUGUUUUAUUUAGCAAAUUUAACACCUGCAAACUGAGAAAAUGUUCCGCCUGACUUUUAUGGUUCUGUUGGGUAUUAUUGCCGUAGCUGUCGGUUACCCCUACUUUGGAGGAGGUGGCGGAGGGUACAUGGGUGGUCGUGGGGGAUACAUGGGCGGUCACGGGGGAUUCAUGGGCGGUCACGGUGGCUACCCUGGGCGUUAUGGAGGACACCGUGGAGGGUACAGACGCUACGGGUACGGGGACGAUGACAACAAUUACUACAAUAGCUAAUUGUUUCGCCAUUUGUAUAUAUAUAAAGUAAACCCACGUUUUCACGAGAAUGUGAUGUAUAAUUUAUAUUUGCUGUGAAUGUUGAAAACAUUUUAUGCUGAAUAAAUGUUAUGUUAUGUUA